UUAUUAUAAUAAAGUUGACAUAUUCAAGUGGACUGCGGCAACAUCUUACCAGUCUACGAGUGUGUCGCGAUAACCGGUCUGAUCGCUUGUCAGGUGGUUGUCGUCAGUAUUGUCAAGGUCCAUCUCGCCGUGGGCGUUAGCGUUAGGUGCUGUACCUGUCAGGCAAGGGCCUCACUACCGAGGGUGGGGAUUAUUUUGUACACUGGAAUCGUUCUAAUUUCCAUUCACGGACAUGCAAGCCGGCGUUGAAUUAAAGGCGAUCUAGAAAAAUCGGCUUUUUUCCUUUGUCCAAGAGUUAAUCAGCCCGGCCGAGCUUUUAACACUGCAAUGGCUGUUAAUCUCGACAAGUUCAAAGUGGAUAUUGUGAACGGUUGGAAGGACGUCUUGGACGACAAGACCCAGACGAACUGGGCCCUUUUCGGGUAUGAAGGACAGACGAACAAUCUUCAAUUCGUAUCCAAAGGAGAUGGAGGUUUGGAAGAACUGAAAGAUGAGUUGAAUAGUGGUAAAAUAAUGUAUGCUUUUGUGAAGGUGCUGGAUCCGAAAACAAGCCUUUCAAAAUUUAUUCUCAUUAAUUGGCAAGGCGAAGGGGCACCUCAGGUUCGAAAAGGCACUUGUGCUAAUCAUAUCAGAGAUGUGCGCAAUUUAUUGACUGGGGCACAUUUGACCAUCAACGCAAGGAAUGAGGAGGAGGUUGAGGAGGAUGUAGUCAUGGAAAAAGUCGUCAAGUCGACUGGAUCCACUUAUAGUUUUAAAGAAAGGAUUGGUGACGCUGACCGCCAAACAGCACCAGUCGGGACUGUUUAUAAAAGGGUGAUACCCAAAAACGAGAUAAACGCCGUAGAAAGGGAUAAAUUUUGGCAAAAGGAGGAAGAAGAGGAAAAACAGAGGCUGGCGGAAGAAAGGAAAAGGAAAGAACAAGCUAAACUUGAAGAAAAGGAAAGGCAAGAAAAAGAGGCGGAAGAAAUGAUGAGAAAGAGAGAAAGUCCAGAAAGGAUAGUAGUUAAACGAGAUUCUAUACAAAAAGAGGCCGAAGAGAUAAUAAAACAGAGAAAUUUUGACGCCAGGGCUGUAUUUGAAAAGAACACAUCUGCAGGACAGAUGAAUUCGAGAAGAUCAUCUGUCAAAGAGAAUAAUUUCUAUGAUGUUCAGAAGAAAUCCUGCGAUCCUCCAAAUUCAACGGAAAAACUAAGUGAAACCCAGACAACAACCACUAGUGUGAACAACGAAAAACAAGUUCUUGAUGAACCACCCAAAGAAGUACCUAAAGUUGAACAAAAUCCCACAGCUGAAGAUGAACAAAAUACAUAUUUGGACCCUGGGUUUUUAAAUGAAACAGAGCUUCUGGAAGAAUUUGUCAAUUUGGGCAUCAAGGCUGAAGCCCUUUAUGACUAUCAAGCUGCGGAUGAAACUGAGAUUUCCUUUGACCCCGGAGACAUAAUAACGCACAUAGACCAGAUCGACACCGGCUGGUGGCAGGGGCUCGCUCCCAACGGGACUUUCGGCCUUUUCCCUGCCAAUUACGUGCAAUUGUUAUAAAAUAUUGAAAAAAAAAUUUUAAUUAUUAUAGUUAGAUAAUUUUACAGGAUGACCCUGUUCAGUCAAACCCUAAACAUUAUUAAUGUUUUUCAUGAGCAAUGAGUUGCAAGACUGUUAUAGUAUACAUUUUAUAUAAUCCUAAAUUUAAAAAAAAAGUCAGCUUGCAAUGUUACAUUGUUCUUCCCUUAAAUUAAUGGUUGAUUUUAAUUAAUGGAAUGUUGUAUUAAUAAUUUACUCCAAUAUAUUAUUUGAAUACAGAGGAUAAUAAUUCAAUAAUCUGUAAAUUAUUCUAGGGCCAUAGCAGCCUAUUAUUGUCCUAAGAUUUUAUUGUGUACUUAAUUUUUAUUUAUGUUGUACUGAUUGAUCAAACUUUUUUAACAAUAAAAAAAUUAAAUUUUA